GACACUCAUCCUCACUCACUGAGAGCAGCACCUACCAGGUUUCACCAUGAAAUUCGUGGCUCUUGCGUUGACCCUCCUGUUGGCCGUAGGUUCCCAGGCCCGGGCCCUGCAGGCCGAUGCUCCCUCCCAGCUGGAGCACUACAAGGCCGCUGCCAUGGUCUACCUGUCUCAGGUGAAAGAGUCUGCCCAGAGAGCCCUGGACCACCUGGACGGCACUGAGUAUGAGCAGUACAAGAUGAGACUGUCUGAGAGCCUGGACAAGUUGCAGACGUACGCCCAGACCGCUGCCCAUACACUGACUCCCUAUGGUGACGCCUUUGCCGGCCAGUUCAUGGAAGCCACCCAUCAUAUGCGUGAACGUGUCAUGGCUGACGUUGAGGACCUCCGCACCAAGCUGGAGCCCCACCGCGCUGAGCUGCAGCAGGUUCUGCACAAACAUGCUGAGGAGUACCGCCAGAAGCUGGAGCCCAUCUUCCAGGAGUACGUAACCAAGAACCGCGAGGAGAUGGAGGCUCUUAGGGCCAAGCUCCACCCCCUCGUUGAGGAGAUGAGGCAGAAGGUUGAGGCUAACCUCGAGGAGACCAAGUCCAAGAUGGUGCCCAUGGUUGAGGCCGUUCGUGCCAAGCUGACCGAGCGCCUGGAGGAGCUCAGGACCAUGGCUGCCCCCUACGCUGCGGAAUACAAGGAGCAGCUGAUGAAGGUCGUCGGAGAAGUGCGUGAGAAGGUUGGCCCCCACGCUCAGGACCUCCACACCCAUCUGGAGCCCUACAUGGAGGACCUGAAGACCAGGUUUAUGGCCAUCUAUGACACUGUGGCCAAUGCCCUGAAGCAGUAAAACACCCCACGCGCACGCAAUCAUCAAGUGCCUCACACACAAACACAAAUGCACACGGACACACACACACACACACACACACACACACACGAGUGCCUGCAAGCAUGCCUGCACGACUUGAAAUCAAACAUGAACAUAACACACAUGAACACACUUCUCCAUUCUUGUGUACUUUGUCUCAGUGUGUGUGUUAUAGUCAGUACAUUUUAAUGUACUGUUCAUUGUGUCCUGUUUAUGACAAUGUUUUUGUUACACCAUUCUCCUUUGUGAUGUGACGUUGCCAAUAAAAACACAAAAAAGUA